CCUCCAUCCUCGCUAUAUGUUUGAGCGCUUCUCCCUUGCUCCCUCUCUAACGUCCUCUCAGAACGCAGCGAUCAAACAUCACCAGGAAGGGAAAGACAUACCCAAAAAGCAAAAUGCAAUAGGAUUGCGCUGUCCGCGCGCAGAGAGAGAGAGAGAGAGAGAGAGCGAGAGAAAGAGAGAAGAGCGCAAUGCCUAAUCUCCUACCGCUGCUAGUGCUGGUCCAGGUCUCUUUCCUGGUGGCGGUGCCCGACCCUGACACCGCUUCCAUUCAGCUCAUCGCUGCCACCGCCACUGCCGCCUCCACUCCAGUCACCAUCCCAGCCUCCCCCGAGCAGUCCGGCGUCUCCUUCGCCGCCUGCCCUCUCGACCCGCCGUCCGACCUUCUACCAUCAAUCUCCGCCGCCUGCACUGCCUCCGACGGCGGUCCUCCCUCCCGCUAUAGCUGCUGUCCCGCCCUCAAGGCAUGGCUGCUCACCGCCUACUCCGCCACUGCUCUCGCAGCCCAACCCGUACCAUCCACCGGCUUCGACCUGCCGGCCCUCCCCGACGACUCGGAGACGUGCAUCGGCGGCGUGGAGCGCGCGCUCCGCCACCGCGGGGUGGAGCUCCCGCGCGUGAAUGCCACGUGCGACGCUGCGUAUUGCUACUGCGGCGUCCGCCUCCGGCGUCUCGCCUGCGCUGGGGCGUUCGUUGCGGACGUCAAGUUGGGGCGGUGGGUGCCGGCAGGGGACGCCGGACGGCGGCUGAAGAAGGACUGCUCUCGUCCCGGGUUCGCCGGGUGCACUCGGUGCCUUCGGACCCUAAACCAGCUGAAGGCCAAAGAGAAGCAGGGUGGCAGCAGCAACCUGAGCAUACCAGGCAAGGCGGCGGCCGCAGCGCAUGAGAGGGAAUGCCAGCUGAUGGGACUGACAUGGCUCCUCUCCAAGAACCGGACACUCUUCCUGCCCACCGCCACCUCCGUCCUCGAGGCGCUCAUGGCGGCCGAGGAUGCCGGCGGCUCCCACCCGGCUUCCUGCUCCCUCUCCCUCGACGAAGUGCCGCUCGCCGUCAGAUCUCACCAGAUCCAUGGCCACGGCGGAUCCUUCGCGGUCCCACCCUCGUCCCUCUUCUACCUGCUUCUGUUGCUAACCUUGCACCCAAUCUUCCAUGUCUAGUUUCAUUGCUAUUGCAGAUUCAUGUACUUCCAAAUUCCCAAGCUGUAAUGGUGGUCUCCCCCAACAUGAAUGUUGCUAAUAUGAUCAUGAUCGACAUCGGAUUAAGUUUGCGCGUCCA